GAGGGACAGCCUGGUGCUGAUUGGCCUGCGGCUGUCACGCGGCGCUGGUAGGGCAGUGACGCCCGCGGCGGCGGAGGGGUCCGGCUUGUCAGAGUUCCCAGAAAAUAAAAGCAUAUUUCGUAAAGUGAAAAUCAGAAGUAGCUGCUGACGUAGAGAGAAGUGUACUAAGGAUCAUUUCUUGAGGACCUUUUUUUAAGAUGUGGUGAAGAGCCUGUAUUUUCCCCUGUGUAGUAUAUAGUGCCUUAAAAAAUGGGGUUUGGAGGUGACCUGAAGUACUCUCAUGAUGCUUUAUUAAAACUGCAAGAUUGGGAACUGCGGCUGCUGGAAACGGUGAAGAAAUUUAUGGUUAUGCGAGUAAAAAGUGAUAAGGAAUAUGCCUCUACUUUACAGAAUCUUUGUAAUCAAGUAGAUAAAGAGAGCAGUUGUCAAUUGGAUUUUAUCAGCAAUGUGUCCAAGUCUUGGUUGCUUGUGGUACAGCAAACAGAACAGCUGAGCAAAAUAAUGAAGACGCAUGCAGAAGACCUUAAUUCUGGGCCUUUGCAUAGGCUUACAAUGAUGAUCAAAGAUAAGCAGCAGGUUAAGAAGAGUUUCAUAGGUGUUCAUCAACAAAUUGAAGCAGAGAUGUACAAGGUCACAAAGACAGAACUAGAGAAACUAAAAUCUAGCUAUAGACAACUAAUAAAAGAAGUAAAUUCUGCCAAAGAAAAGUAUAAAGAAGCUGUGGUGAAAGGAAAGGAGACUGAGAAAGCGAAAGAUCGGUGUGAGAAAGCCACUAUGAAGCUUCAUAUGUUGCAUAAUCAGUAUGUGUUGGCACUGAAAGGAGCACAGUUACAUCAGCACCAGUAUUAUGACGCUACACUUCCUCUGUUACUUGAUUCACUACAGAAGAUGCAAGAAGAAAUGAUUAAAGCCUUAAAAGGAAUCUUGGAUGAGUAUAGCCAAAUCACCAGUCUUGUAACAGAAGAGAUUGUGAAUGUCCAUAAAGAGAUCCAGACCUCGGUUGAACAGAUAGACCCUAACUCUGAGUAUAAUGACUUCAUAGAUACACACAGAUCAUCAGAAGUUGUUGAGCAAGAAAUAGAGUUUGAUACAUCUUUACUAGAAGAAAAUGAAAACCUUCAGGCUAAUGAGAUCAUGUGGAAUAAUCUGACAGCAGAAAGUUUACAAAUCACGUUAAAAACUGUAAUAGAAGAACUGAUUCAGACACAGCAAAACCUUUUGAGCAAAGAGGAACUUGUUUUGGAACUGGAGAAAAAAAUAGAAGAGUCUUCUAAGACUUGUGAAAAGAAGUCUGAUAUUGUACUCUUACUGAGCCAAAAGCAAGCACUGGAAGAACUUAAGCAAACAGUUCAGCAAUUAAGAUGCUCUGAGGCAAAAUUUGCAGCCCAGAAAGAACUACUGGAACAAAAAGUCCAAGAGAAUGAUGGAAAAGAGCCACCACCUGUAGUGAAUUAUGAAGAAGAUGCCAGAUCAGUGACUUCUAUGGACAAGAAAGACAAAGUCUCAAGAUUUGAUACUAUACGUCAUUCCAUAGCUGGAAUUAUAAGGUCUCCAAAAUCCAUGCUGGGCUCAUCCUCGUUCUUUGAUGUAAUUUCAACCACUGAGAAACCACUGGCUGAGCAAGACUGGUAUCAUGGCGCAAUUCCAAGAAUAGAAGCCCAGGAGCUGUUAAAACAGCAAGGAGACUUCUUGGUGCGAGAGAGCCACGGGAAACCUGGUGAAUAUGUCCUUUCUGUGUUUUCAGAUGGACAACGGAGACACUUUAUCAUACAAUAUGCUGAUAAUCAAUAUCGUUUUGAAGGAACUGGAUUUCCAACUAUUCCUCAGCUCAUAGAACAUCAUUACACAACAAAGCAAGUUAUUACAAAGAAAUCAGGUGUUGUUCUGCUGAAUCCUGUUGUUAAGGAUAAGAAAUGGGUUCUCAAUCAUGAAGAUGUCACACUGGGAGAAUUACUGGGUAAAGGUAAUUUUGGUGAGGUGUAUAAGGGAACAUUAAAAGAUAAAACUCCUGUUGCUGUAAAAACUUGUAAAGAAGAUCUUCCUCAGGAAUUGAAAAUAAAAUUUCUGUCAGAAGCCAGAAUACUCAAGCAGUAUGAUCAUCCUAAUAUUGUAAAACUAAUAGGAGUUUGCACACAACGACAGCCUAUUUAUAUUGUUAUGGAACUUGUUCCAGGAGGUGAUUUCUUGUCCUUUUUGAGAAAAAAGAAGGAUGAUCUAAAAACCAAACAGUUGGUGAAAUUUUCAUUGGAUGCUGCUUCUGGUAUGGCAUAUCUUGAAUCUAAAAAUUGUAUACAUAGAGACCUGGCUGCAAGGAACUGCUUGGUAGGUGAAAGCAACAUUUUGAAAAUAAGUGAUUUUGGAAUGUCCCGGCAAGAGGAUGAUGGUGUGUACUCAUCGUCAGGCCUCAAGCAGAUUCCUAUCAAGUGGACUGCUCCAGAAGCUCUCAACUAUGGGAGAUACACGUCUGAGAGUGAUGUAUGGAGCUUUGGAAUCCUUUUGUGGGAGACCUUCAGUUUAGGAGUGUGUCCGUACCCUGGAAUGACCAACCAGCAAGCACGAGAACAAGUUGAGAAAGGUUACCGAAUGUCAGCGCCACAAAAAUGUCCAGAAGAAAUACAUAAAAUAAUGCAGAGGUGCUGGGACUACAAGCCAGAAAACCGGCCAAAAUUCAGUGAGAUUCAGAAAGAGCUGUCUUCAAUCAAAAAGAAAGUGACAUAGUGAUGAGCGAGUGCCAGACUCAAUGUGUGGGACUUUAUUUGUCCAAUGAAGUAAUUUUUUCCCCUCAAACACUAUGCAUUUAUACAACAUUAUUUGCAAUAUUUUUCUGUGAUUAGUUUGAAAUUAACUGAUUUUCUGUAUAUAUGAGUACCAUCUUGAAUGAUGUCUACAUCUGCAUUAAAGGCAUAUACUGCAAAAUAUUAUAUAUCCAGUCACAGUAAUCAUGUCAUUGAGGAUACACAUAAAUAGUAGAGCACAUAGUGUUUAAGGGACUGUGGCUUCUAUCUGUUUUACAUCAAGUAACUGUUAGUGACAUUUUUCAGAGGUCUUCUACUCUAAGCUGUGUUCUCACUCUGCUGUCGCUGUCCUGUAUGUCAAUAUCAGCAGCACUCUAAUGUGGUGACUGUCAUACAUGUUGGCCUUAAAACUGAAGACAGUUUUGACAAGUAUUUCAAUUACAAACUUUGAGAUUUUUUGAUUUCUUUCUGCAAUUGAUAUUUUAAAGUGAUACUUUGUUUUAAGGGUGAAGGUCAGGUAGAUUCUGGAUGCAAAUGUGCUUACUGAACAGUGAAAUCCAGAAAUUUCUUUUGUAGAAUAUUGAGUUACUUGUGCAUUUCUUACCCUACUGUAGUAACUACUUCUGACUUUUGAUGUGAUUUACUUAAACCAUGCCUUUUGUUCGAACAAAGACAUCAGAAUUCAGUAAUGUAUCCUUUACAAUGACCUACAUUUGUUUAGGAAGCAAAAAAGCCAGUAUCAAGUCUUGACUAUACAUGUUAAGAAAUACUGCAAAUUAUCGGCUUUCCAAAGAAUAUUUAAAAGCAUUAGGCCAGCAGAAAGAGGUUUACUAAUGAUAGCAGCAAAUAACAAAUAUUGACCUUAGAGAGGUUAAAGAAUGCGAAGUGCUAGAUUUGUGUAUCAUAUUGAUUUUUUUUCCUUUAAUUGGUAAUAAUUCUCAGAAUGCAGCUGAAGCCUACAAAAGGUUAUGCUAAGCAAAAGUUCAUUCCAUGCAUAGUGUCCAAAGGAAAAUGCUACUUCUGUAUGGCAUAAGGAAAUUGUUCAAGCAAACCAAAUAAAGAAGUAUGCCUCUGGCAGGCUUAGCAAGGCACAGUAGAAAUGCUAACCUUUAAUAUCUUUAAAUCAUUGCAGUGGGUUUCAGAAGAUUGGGGAUAGGCAAGUUUCAAAUUCCUCUAGGAAUAAAAACCUUGUAUGUAUAUAUAUAUGUA